GCAUCUCCGGAGCUGAUCUGGAUACCGUACAAGGUCGUGUCUGUCUGGAUGUGGACGAGUGUGCCCGACCGGAAUUACGUCUCGAGUGUGCUCGUCUGGGUGGCGUAUGUACCAAUCGACCGGGAGACUACGCCUGUCUCUGUCACUCAGGCCAUCCCUGUCUUGACUGUAACACUACAUGUCCACGUGGCUUUUGGGCAUCUGGAGAUUGCCAGAGAAAUCAGUCCGUUGAAUGCAAACCAUGUUCUGGUCCUUGCCCGACUGGCAUGUACGAGGUUCAACCUUGCGGUCCCCGGUCAGACAGGAUUUGUCAAGCUUGUCGUCCAUUGUGCAUUUCCGAGGAAUUCGAAUUCGCACCUUGCAAAGCCUCGAGCAAUCGCAUCUGUAAACGUAAGUCUGGCCUGGGUGAAACAUUCCAUUCUUCUACUGUACUCGCGCACGCAAUUGUUUAUAACGGAUCAUUAUUCACUUUGUCCUAUGCCCAGUUUGAUUCAUCAAACCUGUCUAAACCACCAUCGAUGA